AUGGUGCCUCAAAAGGAAGUCAGGACGCCAUUCACUGUCCCCAAUCGACUUUUCAACCACAACAGCAACCUUGAGCCUGACCGAAGUAUCUCCCUUGUUGGAGACAAGCCAUGCCAGUUUGUCCAUGAUUUCGCCAAUCUCGAUUUCCUUAUUCACACAUCGAUCAAGCCGAUCAAUAAUGAUGUAAGUCGUACCUGGGUUCUCCAAGUUCAAGACCACGGCGUUCAGGAGCUUGAUGAGCAUUUCCAACUUCAGUUCCGUGGAUUCGUUCUCACUGUAAUUACGACUGUCGAUUAUACUUCGAAAUUCAUCGCUCUUUUUGCGACGGACGUCUGGUCUCUCGCCCAGAAUUUGUGA